CAAGUUUUUGACGCUUAUAACAACAACUUCACUUCUUUUUUACCUGUUGGGAUUUUGAGCCUAGAAAGACUCAGGUACCUGGAUCUUGGUGGCAACUAUUUCUAUGGCAAAAUCCCGCCAAGCUAUGGCAGACUUGUUGGGUUACAGUAUCUGUCACUCGCAGGCAAUGAUCUCCAUGGAAAAAUCCCUGGUGAGUUGGGUAAUCUAACUAAUUUGAGAGAGAUUUAUCUGGGUUAUUACAAUGUUUUUGAAGGCGGUAUACCUGUAGAAUUUGGCAAGCUGGUGAAUUUGGUGCACUUGGAUCUGUCUAGUUGUGAAUUGGAUGGUUCCAUUCCUCAUGAACUGGGGAAUUUGAAAUUGCUUGAUACUCUCUACUUGCACAUCAAUCUCCUUUCAGGUCCAAUCCCAAAGGAGCUCGGAAACUUGACCGGUUUAAUCAAUCUUGAUCUCUCCAACAAUGCAUUGACUGGAGAAAUCCCAUUUGAGUUCAUCAAACUCAAACAGCUCAAGCUCUUCAAUCUUUUCAUGAACAGGCUUCAUGGUUCAAUCCCACAAUAUGUAGCAGACUUGCCUAAUUUGGAAACUCUGGGACUCUGGAUGAACAACUUCACUGGUGUGAUUCCCGAGAAUCUUGGCCGAAAUGGGAAACUGCAGUUGCUCGAUUUGUCCUCCAACAAGCUCACUGGUACAAUCCCUCGAGACUUGUGUGCUUCAAAUCAGCUAAAAAUACUAGUUCUUAUGAAAAAUUUCCUUUUCGGGCCAAUUCCCGAAGGGUUAGGGACAUGUUAUAGUCUCACUAGAGUAAGGUUGGGACAGAAUUACUUGAACGGUAGUAUCCCAAAUGGGUUCAUUUAUUUGCCUCAGAUGAAUUUAGCAGAGUUGCAGGACAACUACUUAACAGGAUCUUUGUCCGAAAAUGGCAAUACUUCAUCCAAACCCGAUAAAUUAGGCGAGUUAAAUCUGUCCAACAAUCUCCUAUCUGGUCGUUUACCCUCUUCAAUCUCCAAUUUCUCUUCCCUCCAAAUCCUUUUGCUUGGUGGAAACCAGUUUUCGGGUCCAAUACCGCCUUCCAUAGGAGAGCUCCGUCAAGUUUUAAAGCUUGAUAUUAGCAGAAACUCACUUUCUGGUGUAAUUCCACCAGAAAUCGGAAACUGUUUCCACCUCACAUACCUGGACAUGAGCCAAAACAACCUCUCUGGCUCAAUCCCAAAUGAAAUUUCCAACAUUCACAUUCUUAAUUACUUGAAUUUAUCAAGAAACCACUUGAACCAGUCCAUACCAAAAACCAUUGGUUCCAUGAAAAGCCUCACCAUUGCUGACUUCUCCUUCAAUGACUUGUCCGGCAAGUUACCAGAAUCAGGUCAAUUCGCAGUGUUUAACAUGUCUUCUUUUGCGGGAAAUCCUCAACUCUGCGGUUCUCUCCUCAACAAUCCUUGCAACUUCACUCCAAUCACUACAACACCAAGUAAAGCACCCGGAGAGUUCAAGCUGAUUUUCGCAAUAGGCCUGCUAAUUUGCUCUCUAGUAUUUGCCACUGCUGCCAUAAUCAAAGCAAGGUCAUUCAAGAAAAAUGUUUCAGAUUCUUGGAAGAUGACAGCAUUUCAGAAGCUCGAAUUCACUGUUUCUGAUGUGCUGGAGUGCGUGAAAGAUGGAAAUGUGAUUGGGAGAGGAGGAGCUGGGAUUGUGUACCAUGGAAAAAUGCCAAAUGGGAUGGAAAUUGCAGUGAAAAAGCUUCUGGGUUUUGGUGCCAACAAUCAUGAUCAUGGAUUUAGAGCUGAAAUUCAAACACUAGGCAACAUUAGGCACAGAAAUAUAGUGAGACUAUUGGCUUUUUGUUCAAACAAAACAACUAAUCUCCUGGUCUAUGAGUAUAUGAGAAAUGGGAGCCUUGGAGAGGCUUUACACGGCAAGAAAGGUGGAUUUUUAGGAUGGAAUUUGAGAUACAAAAUUGCCAUUGAAGCUGCUAAAGGUCUCUGCUACCUUCACCAUGAUUGUUCGCCCUUGAUCGUUCAUCGAGAUGUCAAAUCAAAUAAUAUCUUGUUGAAUUCCAACUUCGAGGCACAUGUCGCAGAUUUUGGACUCGCAAAAUUCUUGAUCGAUGGUGGUGCAUCUGAGUGCAUGUCGGCAAUCGCUGGAUCUUACGGCUACAUUGCUCCCGGAAACCGAUGGCCUGCUAGGAGGCAUAGUGGGUAG